AUGGCCCAACACCUCCAACGUCGACUGCUUCAGGAUUUUGCCGAAUUGCAGCAAAAUCCAUAUCCCCGCAUUGCUUUGCACACAAGAGACAACGAUAUUCGCCAAGCAUGUCUUGUUCUGCAACCAGAGGGCUGGAUUCCCAUGCACACCACCGUUAACUUCGGAGACCGCUAUCCUCUCGUCGCUCCCACCAUCAAGAUGAACACAAGACUGGUACAUCCCAACGUCUACGGAUCCUACAUCUGCGCAUCCAUUCUCAACACGUUCGAGGGGUACACGCCGGCAUACACCCUCAAGGGCAUUGCUAUUCAACUAUUGAGCUUCUUCAGUAGCGAUUCGUUGGAGCAGGACGACGACAACUACCCCGAGCCUCUUGAUUGGUAUCGACAAGAGAGCCUCAGGUGCCAACAGAACUUUGCUUGCCGCCAUUGCCAGUUUGAUGGAACCAAGACCAAGGCAGACUUUAGAAGAGCUCGAAGGCACGCCUUGAAGGCCUUGUCGCCAACACCAUCCUCCUCCUCGUCUAGUGGUGCAAUGGCCGGCCCCGAGAAGUACCAGGAAUGUGUCUUGGCGGCUUUGCCCGACGAGCUCCUGCUGGACACCCUCGACAGCCUCGAAUUCCUAGAUCUGGUCUCCUUCUCACAGGCUUGGCCGCGAGCAGCAGACAUCCUUCGCAGAUAUGAUGUUAUUCGGCUGAGAGAACUCCAAUGCUUUGUCACCAAGAUAAACUUCCGAAAUACACAGCUUGGUGUGGGCGUCACGGUCCCCAAGGGUAAGCGGUCUAUCGCGUCGGAGUUCGACCUCAUCUCUCUACCAGCAUUUCAGGACCUGGCAGUCCGCUUCUCUGUCCACAACAUCGCCUUCGAGUACUGGCUUCCGCUACCUCUAUCCCACCGCCACUGGCGCUCCGUCCAGGGACACGUAGCACAGGUAAUGCACAGGCUGGCCGCAGCCAUCGCGUUACCGAGCACAAACAACUCGGCAGUGGGGGUUCUCGCCGCCUUCAUGAACGACGUUGUUGUGCGGCUGAACCAAGUAGAUGCGCAUAGGGCAUCUAGCGGCACACCAGGCUUGAGCAAUGAUAAUGUCAGGAUUCCGCGAAUGAGCACAUUGCGGCACGCAUCGGAGAAGGCGAUUGAGUCUUAUUUCCAUCUAUUUCACCUGCUCCUCUGCCUAGUGACUGCGAAUCCUCAACUGGUCACCGACGCCAACAACAAAAUCAAGAGAUUCAUGAGCGGUAAGACCUCCAAGGUAUCCUGUCCGAAUCUCGGCCACCUUUUGGUCUACCUUCUCAUCAGCGACAUCGAUAUGACGGAGGCCAUGAGGAAAGCGAUCAUCACCGAGGCCAUCACGCGUAAUGUCGUUUGGAUGCUCGACAGAAGGGGCUCCAAUAUGCCGGAGCUGAGCUACCUCGAGCCAGAUCGAGUCUCGGGCUAUCGUCUGAAGAAAACCUUUGAGGCGAAUCGCACCUCAUACCGACUCCUCAUGUUCUCCGAGCUCUUCCGCCGUAUCGCCAGACCAUCCAACGACAAGAGGCUGGAACAAAUACGGGAUGAGCUCUUCGAGCGCCAUGGCGCACCUCCUCCCGGUGCCGCUCUCCAGCUGUCCACCGAAGUCCGCCGCCUUCACGACAUUGACAAUUUUCCACACUUCUUCAAGGAGAUGGGGAUUGUGCACACCCCCACUGCUGAACGAUUCACCGACGCACUACGGGGUUGCGUCAGGAAGAGUAUGGAGAGGGGCUAUUCGGUUUGGGGCUUGUCGGGCUCUACUGCUCUGGCUCUGCGGCAACAGUUCGAACCAAACGUUGGAGUCCGAGGCAAGCUUGUUGCGAGAAAUCUCCCUGGUUCUCGUUAUAUGUCAAAGGUCACUUUCUUUCCCGGAAAAAGCUGA